CAGCACUGUGCAGUUAUCUGACAAACUUUGAUGACUUCUUAGACGAACAGCAGCUACACGCGUUUCACCUGGGGGAAAAAAUCUAUAUUCGCAUUCGAUAGUAAAGAGGCUACUGUAACAAUUUGGAUUAUCAUAAUGGAGGAUGUAAGGACUUUCCUUCACUUUGGAGUUUUACUCUCAUCGGUACUAUUCACAAUUGGAGCAGCUGGUGAAGAUUAUUUCCCUGAGGCAAUGGAUGUUCAGUGGGUGUCCAAUAACUUCAAGACUAUUCUAACAUGGGGCCCUGAGCCUACCAACUACACAUACACUGUUGAAUUUUCUAGGUUUGGUAAGGACAGACAAAGGAACCCUCACUGCAUCCGGAGCUCGAGGACAGAGUGUGACCUCACCAACGAGCUGCGGAACCUGCAGGAGACCUACUCUGCCGACAUCCUAUCAGAACCCCUACCCGGCGUUACCUCUGACCUUGUGGAGUUCCCCUACACCCGAGCCGAAAGGUUCAGCCCUUACAAACACACUAAAAUAGGAGGACCCGCUUUCAAGAUUGUGCAGAGCGAAGACAAGACCAAGAUGACACUCCACAUCCAGGACCCUCUCACUCCCCUCUACAAAGAUGAGCAGCUGUUAACGAUCAGAGACAUCUUCAAGAACGACCUGAAAUACAGAGUGGUAUACAACAAAGCUGGGAGCACAGGAAAGAAAGAGAAGAUGUCAGACCUGAGAGAUGUAGAGCUGACCAAUCUGGAUAAAGGACAGAGCUACUGCUUCAUGGUGGCAGCCUAUAUCCCCUCUCGUUCUGCACAGAAGAGACUGGGAGAUUGGAGCAAGCCGCAGUGCUCACCCAGAGAGAGCAAGACCAUCUUUGAGGAAUUCAGCUUUGGUGUGAUCUCAGGUGCCAUUGGCAUCAUGCUGGCUAUAUUCAUCAUCCUCAUCAUUCUCACCGUGGUGUGUUGCAAACUCUGCUGCUGCAAAAAGACCAAAACAGUGGACAAGGAUAACCUGCAGAUGAGUCCAGUGUAAAGGUGUGUGUGAUAAUGGUGCUACUUGACCAACCCUUUCAGAGGGAGGAAGCUGUGCUCCCAAUAAUCUAGCACAAAAACAUCAUAACACUGGAAAAUGUGAAAUGUUAGUGUUGUCUUUUUAAAUGUCAUUAUGAGCUGGUUCUUUUAAAUGGCUAGAUACAUUUUUUACAUUACUUAUUUAUGUUUUAUACCAAUGUUGAACAAGUACAUUUGAUUAAUUGAGAAAUACAUGUUAUUUUUGCCACUACGUAUAUAAGAAAAAUGUAAUUGUAUUUAUUUCAAUCAAUGUUUUAUAAUGUUAAAUGUGUAUUGAUGUAUUUUCUUAUAUGUUGAUGAUGUGUAGUUCAUGUUGAAUAGGAUUCGUCCAUGUGCUGUUGAAACAUGGAUUUGGUACUUUUGGAUGAGAGGAAGGUUAGUCGGAAAAUGAUUACUUGUGAUCACUUUUGUGCAUUCUAGUACUUUUUACAAUUAAAUUCAGAUGUAUUCAA